AAUAAGCAAAAUGUAAAGGAUAAUAUUAUAACAAAUAGUGAUUAAUCACUUAAGAAAGGUUCUUAAACAGGACAUUGUGUAAAAUAUGAAACAAAAACAAAUCCAAUGAUUCACCAUGAUCUCAUAAACACAUUUAGUUCACAACAGAACAUAGAAAACAUGUUUAAGCUGAGAAAAUGGAGCAGUUCAAGGAAAAAUGAAGAUAAAAAGUGCAAAAUGUUUGUAAAAUGAGGAAAAAAUGUACCAAAAAAACUUUAAGAUGUGGGAAAAAAAGUGAAUGAAUACUUGUAAAAUUAGGAAAAAAAUGAGAAUAAAAUGAACAAAAUACUGAUAAACUGAGGAAAAACAAACCAAAUAUCUGAAACACAAGCAGAGUUUAUGGUUUAAAGCUUCCAGUGUUUUGUGUUAAAUGUCUCCAUCUGCUGGUCAAAUGUAAAACAACAGCAUCAGGUUUUAUUUCACAUAGACUUACAUCAGUUUAUUCAGUUCAAUAAAAACAAUUUUAUAAUAAAACCCACAAAAUAACCAGAUUGAAGGAGUUGGUAGAUUAUUAAACUGUUUGAGCUUCAAAUCCAAAACCUUAGACUUCACUAAAAAUGUGUAAAAUCCAUUUUCAUCGUUAGAAUUUGACAUAUAUAUAAAAUCUUUUGAUGCUAAUUAAAUAUUGAUGUUUAUGUCAUGAUUUGUCCCAGUAUUUAUGUCCAUAUAGUUUAGAAACUUCAAUAUUUCCUUAAAGUUUAAUGGUACAUUUUUUUUCCUCAGUCAGAUGUGAUGAAAGUAGAUGGAAAUUAUCAUUUACAAUCAGAGCAGGAAUAAUAUUCCAGACAUUUAGAGGAAGAACAGUGAAAAUCAGAGUCAUGGGGAAAAAAAUAUAAAAUCACUGUUUAUAUAAAUUCUGUCCAAACCAUUUCUGAGUCAUUUUGGAAACAAAGAGAAUAAUUUAACCCAAACUAAGCAAUGCAUGGAUAUCUAUCCCAUAAUAUAAAACUCUGUUCAUUAUUAUUUCAUUUCCCAGAAACACCUGUAUUCAUUGUGUCCACAUACUUUUGUCCAUAUACAUUUUGUCCAUGUUUUUUUGUCCACAUACCAUAUACUUUUGUCCAUAUACUGUGGACAGAAAGUAUAUGGACAAACGUAUAUGAACAAAAGUAUGUGGACAAAAGUAUAUGGACACAAGUAUAUGGACAAAAGUAUGUGCACAAACGUUUGUAGACAAAAGUGGGAAGGCGUCCACAUACUUUUGUCCACAUAGUGUCUCUCUCUCCUUAGUUUGAGCUGUAUUAUUAUUAUUAUUAUUAUUAUUCUAUUCUAUUUUAUCUAGUAUUCAUCACUCUUUGUGGUAAAUCUCCUAACGCGGCGCCGUCUGCUUUCCUUACAGCUCUUGUUUUUGACGUCUGUUGUUUUUGACGUCUGUUGUUUUUGACGGCUUUAACCUUUUCGCCGGUUUCGGGUUCACUCGUCCCGUUAUGUGACGGUACAUGAUGUUAUCGUUUUUCCGUCAGAUGAAUGCACCUGAACGCACCACGUACAAAAGGAUGCACUUGACAUUCACCUCCACCUGUGGGUGUGGCGUCUCCGGGGACGACGCCUACAUCUCACACACCCGCCCUGGUUGUGGUUGGACGGCCUGGUACGGGGGGCGGGGCUUGGGGAUAAUAACAGGCGUAGUUGGAGUUCAGUCACACGAUCAGCUGUGGUUAACAGAACCGCUGCCCCCCACCCCCCCACCCAAACAAAGACCCUGUGGCUGCAGGUCAGACUUAAAGUAAAGUGAUACUUAUCAUGUGACGUGGGAGUGGGCGUGGCCACAGCUAUGAAGAGCGGGGCCGGCGGCGUCCUCCUGCAGACGGAGGGUCACAUGUUCAGAUGGAGCGUCAACAGGUUUGGACAUUUAUCGGAUUUAUUGGACUGAUCGGACUGACGGCAGCGCAGACCAGCAGUCUGGCUCCUCAUUGGUCCUACCUGGUGGCCACGCCCAGAAUCCUUGGGGGCGGCGUUCCCCCGUCAGUGUCGGUCACUGUCCUGAAUCAGCCGGCGGUCAACGUGUCCAUUCGCAUCAUCCACGGAGACGAGACGGUGUCUUCAAAGUCCACCGUGGUCCAAGGAGGUUCCACAGAGCUGCUGACGCUGGAGCCGAUCAACGGUGACAGUGACUCCGCCUACGUCCUGGAGGUCAAAGGUCAUGUGGGCGGAGUUGAAGUUUUCUCCAAUCAAACUGAGCUUCAGUUUGAGUCCAGAUGUUCUCACACCUUCAUCCAAACGGACAAAUGGAAGUACGGACCUGGACAGAAGGUCAGGGUCCGAGCGGUGACGGUCAACGCUGACGGGACACCGUCCACCGGCAAAGUGGACAUCCACGUCAAGGACCCUCGUGGGAACCUGGUCAGACAGUGGACGUCAGUGGACAGUGUCCUCGGGGUCGCGACCUUAGAGUUCCCUCUGUCUGAACAUCCUCCUCUGGGAGAGUGGACCGUCCACGUCAACGCCAACGGCGUCUCCACUGACAAACAUUUUAUGGUGGCUUUUUACGAGCUGCAGAAGUUUGAGGUUCUGAUUGACGUUCCACCGAAGAUCUACCAUGAAGACACAUUGACUGGAGUGGUCCGGGCCAGGUACCUGCACGGAGAACCAGUCCAGUACGGACACCUGAACAUAACAUUUAUCCACGGAUACCAGACCAACGACGACAGCACAGAGUUUGAUGGACAGUACACUUUCACAUAUGAGUCGAAUGACUACGACUACGGAAUGCACAAAAGAGAUCUGAGUAAAAUGAUGAUGUACGACGGAGGAUUCCACCACGACGACGUCCAGAUUAUCGCACAUGUCACCGAUUUUCUCACAGGUUUUACGUAUUCCACCACAGCUGCCGUCCAUUUGGCCAGAGACAGAUUUAAACUGACCUAUGAGGGCCACCCCAGGAUACUGCGUCCAGCCAUGACCUUCUACACCACGAUCAAACUGUCCACCUUCGAUGACCAGCCGCUGUCCGUGGAUGACCGCUCGAUGACCGUCCACGUGUCAGUCAUCCAGGAAACGAACAGCCCCUGGGGGUGGGAGCACAUGCAACGGACGGGCCGUCAAUCAAACUGGACCCACGCCCAACAGAUGGACCACAUAAUGGACGGAACGAAGACGGAGGAGGUGGAACUUCCUGUUGGAGCCGACGGCCUGAUCCCACUGUACAUCCACAUCAGGAACGACACCAGAACACUCACCAUCGAUGCGUCUUUUCAGGACGCCCAUGAGACGCUACGACUCUACGCCAGUUACGAAUCGCCCAGUAACUCCUACGUGCAGAUUAAAAAACCCUCCAAAGUUCCAACGGUGGGUUCAGCGCUCAGACUGAAAAUACAGAACAACUUCGACCUGACUGAGAUCCACUACAUGGUGAAGGUCAAAGGUCGGCUGGUGUCUGCUGGGAAAACCACAGGUGAUCUGACCCUGUUCCCACAAUCCACCUGGGCACCUGUGGCCUGCAUCAUCGUCUUCUGUGUCCUUCCAAACGGCGAGAUCGUCAACGAUGUGAUGCAUCUGCCGAUCGAAGUAUCUUUACAGAACGAGGUGUCUCUCAGCUUCAGUGACUCGAUGAAAAAACCAGGACAGGAAGUCACUCUGACGGUGUCAGUGGCUGAACCCGGGUCACUGGUCGGGAUCCUGGUGUCGGACAAAGCGACGAAGCUGGACGGACCGGACAACGACCUCACUAAGGAAUCGAUACUAGAGGAAAUAAUGGAAUACAGCGAACACAAAGACCAACAGCUGUCUGCGAUGCUGCAGAUGGGAGAUCCGUACUCUGUGUUCAUGACAUGUGACCUGUUGGUUUUGACCGACGCCUCCCUCCACAUGGAGGAAAACCACCUGGAGCUCGGAUUACCAGGGGAGGGAAUUAUGAUGCUAGAUUUGGAGAGUUCAGACGGACCCCCUGAGCCACCGGCGCGAACGUACUUUCCGGAAACGUGGAUCUGGAUGGACGUCAACACAGGUGUUUCAGACAAAGUGAACGUUUCUCUGACGGUCCCUGACAGCAUCACCACGUGGACCGCCACCGCCUUCGUCAUGUCGGAGAACCUGGGCCUGGGUGUGGUCCAGCGUCCUGCACAGCUCACUGUUUUCCUGGACUUCUUCAUGUCCUUGAACGUCCCACCCUUCGUGAUCCGAGGGGAGGAGCUUCUGCUGGAGGUGGUUCUGUUCAACUACCUCCCACAGGAUCUGAAGGUCAUGGUCUACGUUACCGAGAGCAACGCCUUCGAGUUCCUGGCGGCGGACAAUGAUACAUGGAGCAUGCCCGGUGUUCGCCAUGUUUUGGUGGGGAGUCAGAAAGGCGUCAACGUCCACUUUCCCAUCAGGCCUCUGGUCCUCGGAGAUGUCCCCAUCCACGUCAAGGCCAAGUCCACGGUGGCGUCGGACUAUGUCAUCAAAACACUGCUCGUCAAGCCUGAAGGUGUGGAACAGUCCUUGGUGGUCUCCAGGUUGUACCAGCUCUCUGCCUCCCAGUGGACCAUAACAGACAACGUGGACUUCAAGUUCCCGUCCAACGUGGUGGACGGCAGCGAGAGGGUGAUGGUGACCGCCAUGGGGGACAUCCUGGGCCCGUCCAUCAGCGGUCUGGACUCUCUGAUCCAGAUCCCUUAUGGUUGUGGGGAACAGAACAUGAUCAACCUGGCGCCGAACAUCUACGUCCUGCAGUACCUGAAGGCCACGGACCAGGCCGACCCGGAUACCACCAACAAGGCCAUUGCCUACAUGACCCAAGGGUACGAGCGGGAGCUGUCCUACCAGAGGGAGGACGGGUCCUUCAGCGCCUUCGGAGACUCUGAUCCAUCUGGAGGAAGCACCUGGUUGUCGGCCUUUGUGCUCAGGUGUUUCCUUCAGGCCAUGGAGUUCAUCGCUGUGGACCCUCAGGUGCUCCAGGACGUGGCGCUGUGGUUGGCGUCGCAGCAGGGGGCUGAUGGGAGUUUUGAGGAGGGGGGCCGGGUCAUCCACACGGAGCUGAUGGGUGGUCUGGACGGACCCGUGUCCCUGACGGCGUACGUCCUCAUCGCUCUGCUGCAGGAUGACGCCAUCAAGGCUCAGUACUCCUCCCAGGUGUCGUCGGCCGUCUUGUUCCUGGAGGAGCGCCUCGCUGUGGGCGUGGCCAGUAACUACAGCCUCAGCCUGCUCAGCUACGCCCUGGCGCUGUAUGGAAGCGCCAAUGCCAACGCGGCACUGAACGAACUGAUGGGACGAGCCCACGUCACAGAUGGUGUCCCGAUGUGGUCGUCGCCGAGCAGCGGCGUGUCGUCGUCAUGGCAACCUCGCUCCGGGGACAUCGAGCUGGCGGCGUACGUCCUCCUGUCCCAUCAUGCACUGGGGCGGAUGGUGGAAGCAGUGGAACUGAUGAAGUGGCUCAGUAAACAGAGGAACGGCUUCGGAGGAUACGGAUCCACACAGGACACUGUGGUUGCUCUUCAGGCUUUAUCCACCUUCUUAUCAGAAAAACCAUCGUUUGAAACCAACAUCAGAAUCAACGUCAAAGAGGACGACUUCUCGACCGUGGCCUUCUUCCACAUCCACCAGAACAACCUGCUGCUCCACCAGACACAGCAGAUUGAAGCUGAAGAUGAACUAAAUCUGACGCUGAAGGCCGAAGGUCAGGGCAUCGCCAUGGUUCAGGUGAUCGUAUUUUACAACAUCAGAGACGAAGAGCCAAUGAGGAGGAAGCGCCACACCCACCCAGACGAGGCGUUCGAGUUGCACCUCGAAGUGUUCGACUCAAACGAUGCGGUUCUUCUGUACAUCUGCACCAGUCUGGUCCAGGGUCUGGGCCUGGAUGCCACAGGGAUGGCCAUCAUGGAGGUGGGGCUUCUGAGCGGCUUCAGACUGUCCGACCACAAACACAUGUUGGAACAGGGUGUGAGGAAGGUGGAGACGCAGCCGGGGAAGGUCAUCCUCUACCUGGACUCCGUGACGACGGACCACAUGUGCAUCAUGAUGCACACGGUGCUGGAGUUUAAAGUCGGCAAAGUCCAGGAGGCGGCGGUCAUCAUUUAUGAUUAUUAUGAACCAACGCGUCGUGCUGUGUCGUCCUACUCGUCUGAUUGGAGGAAGGACAUGACCACCUGUUACUACUGCAGCGACCACGGAGACUGCAGCCGCUGCAGCGGAGGAGACGACUACUACGACUACUACGACUACUACGACCACCAGCUGACGGCAGACGCGCGCCUGUCGGCAGGCUCCGCCCCCCCGCUGCUCCUCCUCCUCUUCAUCGCCCUCUGUCUGUGAACAGAGCACACAGGUGGAGUCAUGUGACCACGGCUGCACUUCCAUCAUGUUUAACUGUAGUGUACAAAUGAUCUGUGAUUUAGUGGUUUUAUCUGCGUUCCAGUUGGAUUCUGACACUUUUGGACUAAACUGUAAAGUGGAAUGAACGUGUUUGGGUUUGGCACAGUCAUAUGCAAAAAUAUUUGUAUGAAAUCUGGACAUUGUAGACAUGCUCCUUCCAAGAAUGUCUACGAACUCCAGAUUAAGCUGAGUUUACUUAAAAAAUCUGAGGUAAACUCGUUACCUUCAAAAAUUUCAAUAAUGAGUAAUGAAAAGUUGAGUGGAUUAAACUGAAAUGCUUGAUUUGAAUGGAAUUGUUAUUUUAAGAACAACACACUAAAUGCCAAGUUAAUUUAACUAAAAAUUUGUUGCCAUGUCAGUUUCUUUGUAUAAUCAUCAGACUUAACAUCAUCAGUUCAUUUUACUCAAUUCCAAGUAGAUUUAAAUUAAACGUAUUGCGAUAUAAAUUACUUUGUUAAACAAGUGUUCAGAGAAGGCAGACUUCCUCCUUCACCCUGAACGGUGUGCAUGUGUGGACCCACUGUUUCUGUUUAGAUUCAGCAGUUUCCAGGUUGUUCCAUACAGCAGAAAACUUGUGGUCAAACAUGGUAAUAAAAAAUAACAAAAGUCAGCAGAGCGUAACGGAACAGAAACAGAGCGGAACGAUAUUUGGUACAAAGUUGAAUCUGGUCCCAGUCAUGUGUCUGUCCAAUUAGAUUCAAUUCACAUCCAUAUUAGUUGAGUUCUAGUUUUAAAUGUGUGGGAAAUGGGAUUU